AUGUCCACCGACCAAAACUCGGCUCGGUCCGGCUCGAGCCCAAUGGAAAGCAUGGCUGAUAGCCAGGUCCACCAAAGAGGUGCCAAGCGCCUACGUCUCUCGGUCGCCUGCAACCGUUGCCGCGCCCGCAAGGUACGCUGUGACGCGAGCCUUCCCAAGUGUCGCAACUGCAUAACCCGGAACGAGGUGUGUGAGACGACCGACUUGCGGAACCCCGGAGGGCCCGCCCCGGCCGUCAGGCAGCUGGCACCGUCCAAGACCGACCGGAGCUCGGGGCCGGGGGCUGAAGAUAGCGCAGAUCAGGAACGAGUCCCAUAUCGGAACCUCACAACUCCUGCUCCCGACUCUGUCGCACAUACUCCCGCCGUCGGGUCUACAAGCCAGCCGGCAGCGGCCCCGCGUGUUUCCAAGGCCCGCAAGUCUCCCGGUACCACGGCCAGGGCCAACGGCGAACGGGCUACUGCAUCCCGUUCUUGCAAGAGAAAGGCUUCCCAAUCUGCCGAACAGCCUGCCCCUAAAGCGGACUUCAUGUCUUGGCUACGAAGAGCAUAUAAUGCAUACGUUGCAGACAACCUGCCCGAGGGAAGCAACGGCAAUACUGCGCCUACCCCGCCCCCGGCCGUGACUGGUCCCGCCCCAGACGUGGUUGUCAACACUGACGGCACGCCUGACAAGGUCAAAUACAUGGGUGGCAGCAGCCUUCAAUGUCUAUGCCGGUUUGUCGACCUCCACUUAACCAGGCGGGGGCUGAGUCCAGCCAGCACACAAUUCAAGCAUGGCAUGGAGCGCAGCGAGGAGUUUGAACUGCCGAUAGACUCGCCCUUGCCAAAUCUGCCACCGCCGCAAGAAUGCCAAAAGUACGUGGACGCCUUUUUCGAUCGGCUGUGGCCAAUCUUCCCCGUGGUCGACAGAAGUUAUGUGCAGGACUAUGUCGACUCGUGCCAAGAGCUGAAGGCGAGGUUUCGGGGAGAUCAGCUAGGUGACCAUGCCACGUGCAAACGAGGACCAAAGCUCGCCAUGGGAUAUGCCAUCAUCGCCAUCGGUGCCGAUGAGAUCAACGGUAGAACCUCGGAAACUGGCACCAAGUAUCUGACUGCCGCAUAUUGGCUGUACGCCCACCUGAUAGCGAACCCACACCUGCUGAGCGUUCAGGCAAUGUUUCUCAUCGCGCUCGCCCUGCGCGGUCAGAAUCGCGACGGACAAGCCUGGCACGUUCUUGGCCACGCCAUCCGGACCGCGCACUCCAUCGGUCUACACAAACACAUCACCGACUUGUCCACAACCCAAGAGGGUGACGAUACCGAUAUCAACAGCGUCGAGUCGCUCAGACGCAGGGUGUGGUGGUCCUGCUUUGCCCUUGAGAAGCUAAUGCAGCUUGAAUCUGGCCGCCCUUCAGUCAUCAACAGCGAUCUGGACGACACUGACCUACGCCAGAUCAGCUCCUGGAGCAGGAGCAGCGCGAACGCUGAGUCUACAAAUGACACCCUCAGCGGCAAUCAGAGUCAUUUCACGGCUUGGAUCGCCCUCUCGCAGAUACUCGGUAGGAUAUCUCACCACAUAUACAACCGCAAGUCUGUGAAUUCGUGGAACCUUCUCAGUGAGACAGCCCGGCUGGACCAAGCCCUAGUCGACUGGGAGCGCUCGCUCCCAGAUAGCCUCAGACUGUCCAACAUCACCAGUAGCGAGUCCUUUGUAGGACACAAUGACCCCAUGCGCCAACAUCUCUCUGGAUUUCUUUGGCAGCAAUUUUGUCACGCACAAAUCGCCCUGUUUCGCGCAGCACUCGUCUUCCCCUCGACCAGCUUCGAACAGGAAGUCACCAAGCACGGAGACAACCUCCCCUCAGCCGCUCGCCUCCUCAACAGCGCCAACCUCUGCGCCGACGCCGCCCGCAAGACCAUCACCACGGUCUUGUACCUGGCCGACCACGGCAUCCGCUCGAUCCUCCUCGGGCCCAACCCACCUUACCUGGGCGCCGUCGUCCUGGCCCUGUGCAUCCUCCGCCAGCCGACGAGGCGGCUGGCGAGGGCCGACCUGGAGCUGCUGAGGUCGGCGACCCUGUACGUCGAGGACGUGUACAGGUCUUGGGACUACAGCGAGGACUUCAUCCGCGGCUGCGCCCUGCUGAGGGAGCACGUGCAGACCGUGCUGGAUCAGCUGCCCGAGUCUCCCGCUGCCGGCAACCGGCCGCCGAGCACGACGACGCGCCAAGGCCUACCUGCAGAAGAGCCUGCGGUUGCUCGCUCGGCUUGGGUGCUGCAAAGCGAGGUGGACGGCACUGCGACCAUGGGCGGCAGCUUGCACGGCAGUAGCGUAGAGCAGGCACAGUUUGACGGCGGAGAAGCCGCUGCGACUAACGCAUACGAGUGUGGGUUUUUACCCAACAAUGGUGUUCAGGAUCACCAUCGUCAAGACCCAGCGCUGCUGGACCCCUUGCUGCAAACGUUUGAAGGCAUACAAUUCGAGGAUAUUUGGGCCAUGGUUGGCUCGGAGUUUCUAAUUGAAAAUGACAAUGUGGUGUUUGCGCCGCUGUAGGAAGAAUCUGGUUAUAACUGAGGGCUUGUGAAAUAGUAUCAGAGUUUUAUACAUCAACAAUUGAAUGC